GAACAAGAGACAACGACGCGACGAGACAAGAUGGAUACGGAAGGGGAGGGAACACACGAGCAGAAAGGCAAAACGGAAAACGAUCUCCCGUUUAAAUCUUGAAAACCAGGUGGUUUCCCCCCAAAGUAAACACCUAUCCAUCUCCAUUCCUCCAUGGAAGCACUGACAGAGCUCUGCGACUUAAUAUCUCAGAAUCCCUUACAGUUCGCCGAAAAACUUGAAUGGAUUUGCAGCAGAUGCCCUCCCGAGGGUUCUCUCUCCGUUGGAUCUCACAGGCUGACGCGGCUUCAUCUCAAUGCCGUUCUUGCAGUCGCAAGAUUUAUUUCUAAAUGCCCCAACCAUACCGAUAACGAUCCUAGAUCGCAGGUCAUUGGGUUUCUCCAAUCGAUUCAGGCUUCGUUUCGUCAAUCAUUCUGGCCGCAGUCUUUUGGGGUUGAUUCUAUUUCUGCUUUUUACUCUAAUUUCCUUGGUUAUGUCUCUAAGGCGGCGGAGUUAUCCCCUGAUUUCGCUGCGGAAGUCGCUGACUUCAUGGGAGGGAUCGUGAUCUGCGCUGCUACUAUUGUCAAUGACGAGGCUGGAAUUUGUAGGGUAUUUUUGAAUGCUGUGUCCCAGAAUUGCCCGCCAGUUUCCCCUAAAGCUGCCGAAAAUUUGAUUUCUUGUCUUUUGGAGCAGUUAUCUGUUGCUGCUCCUACUUCGCCUAGGGAGGCGGCAUUUUCGAUCUCAGAAACGUCAUCAUCGCAGAGCUCGCCACUUGGUUCGCACCAUUUACAACCGAAUGGGAGUGCCAGCCCGGGGAAUGAAGCUAGCAAUGCCUCUGCGUCGUCGAGGGGUACAGCUGUGAAUGGCAGCACCAUUGGCUGGAGGAGCAGUGUGGAUCUGCUUGGUGGGAACCUCGGUUACAAUGACGGUGGAGGAGGCGCGGCCUUUUUGAGGCAGCAAAUUGCGUCUUUUGAAGGGGAGUCUGUGGAGAGCUUGGAAAAACAAGAGAUAGCCUUUAGGUUGCUGUGGCAUAUUGUGGAUAAAGUCCCUUUCGGUGCGGUGCAUUUGGAACAGGUCAUGAUGGCUUCUAAGAAGCAACUCCAAUCUUCAGUUGUUUUUCUCAAGAUAAGGAAGCGUGACUGGACAGAACAGGGGGGGCAGCUAAAGGCCAAAAUCAAUACAAAAUUAUCUGUUUCUCGAGCUGCAGCUCAGUUGCAAGUUAAAAUACUUGUAACCCAUAAUUCAGAUGGAAAAUCCUCAAAGCGGUUGUUGCUUGAGGCACUUGCAUUGCUCACCGAUGUUGCUGAAGCUUGUUUACUCUCUGUAUGGAGGAAGCUGAGAAUCUGUGAGGAGCUGUUCAGUUGCUUGCUUAAUGGAGUUGCACAGAUUGCCGUCACUCGUGGAGGUCAGCUGUUAAGAGUUUUGUUUAUUCGUUUGAAGCCUCUUGUUCUGACAACAUGCGCUCAGGCUGAUACGUGGGGCAACAGCCAGGGAACCAUGCUUGAAAGUGUCACGAAGACCAGCUGUGAAAUAAUAGAGUUUGGUUGGAGCAAGGACCGGGCUCCUGUGGACACUUUUAUCAUGGGGUUAGCUACAAGUAUCCGUGAACGAAAUGAGUACGAAGAGCAGGAUGGGAAAGAGAAGCAGGCAGUUCCUGUUGUGCAGCUUAAUGUUAUACGCUUGCUAGCAGAUUUGAAUGUUUCUGUUAAUAAGUCUGAAAUGAUAGACUUGAUAUUGCCACUAUUUAUUGAGACCUUAGAAGAGGGAGAUGCUUCAACUCCUAGUUUAUUGCGUCUACAACUUCUUGAUGCUGUAUCUCGAAUGGCUAGUUUGGGUUUUGAAAAAUCCUAUCGUGAGACGGUAGUUCUGAUGACAAGAAGCUAUUUGAAUAAACUUUCAACUAUAGGAUCUGCAGAAAGCAAAACAAUGGCUCCAGAAGCCACUACAGAACGUGUAGAGACUCUUCCUUCAGGGUUCCUUCUGAUUGCUAGUGGUCUUACCAGUCCUAAAUUGCGGUCAGACUAUCGUCAUCGAUUGCUAUCUUUGUGCUCUGAUGUUGGGCUGGCUGCAGAGUCCAAAAUUGGCAGGAGUGGAGCGGAUUGUUUGGGGCCUUUACUUCCUGCCGUUGCUGAAAUCUGUUCUGAUUUUGAUCCGACUGUGGAUGUGGAGCCUUCACUUUUGAAGCUAUUUCGGAACUUGUGGUUCUAUGUUUCUCUUUUUGGCUUGGCACCUCCCAUUCAGAACAGUCAGCUUCCAACGAAAUCAAUUUCCACAACACUGAAUAGUGUGGGAAGCAUGAGUGCUUCGGCACUUCAAGCUGUGGUCGGACCGUACAUGUGGAAUAGCCAAUGGUCUUUGGCUAUCCAGCGCAUUGCUCAAGGAACCCCUCCUCUUGUUGUUAGCUCUGUCAAAUGGCUUGAAGAUGAGUUGGAACUCAAUGCUCUUUACAACCCUGGCAGUCGUCGGGGCAAUGGCAAUGAGAAAGCUGCUCUAGCCCAAAGGGCUGCUCUCUCUGCUGCUUUAGGAGGGCGAGUAGAGGUUGCAGGAAUGAACUUGUUUACAGGUGUGAAGGCAACCUAUCUCCUUGCAGUAGCUUUUUUAGAGAUAAUACGUUUCAGCAGCAAUGGCGGCAUCCUUAAUGGCAGUACUAGUUUGACUGCUUCAAGAAGUGCAUUCAGCUGCGUUUUUGAAUAUCUCAAAACUUCAAAUCUAAUGCCAGCUGUCUUUCAGUGUUUGACUGCAAUUGUUCACAGGGCUUUUGAAACAGCAGUGUCAUGGCUGGAGGAUCGAAUAUCUGAAACUGGUAAUGAAGCUGAGAUAAGGGAGUCUACCCUGUCUGCUCAUGCUUGCUUUCUUAUCAAAAAUAUGUCUCAAAGGGAGGAACACAUUCGGGAUAUUUCUGUUAACUUAUUGACUCAACUUAAAGAUAGGUUUCCACAGAUUUUGUGGAGUUCAUCAUGUCUUGAUUCAUUGCUGUUCUCUGUUAGUAAUGAAUUACCUUCUACUGUUGUAAAUGAUCCUGGUUGGGUAGCGACUGUUCGUUCUUUGUAUCAAAAAAUCCUCAGGGAAUGGAUCACUAAUGCACUUUCAGAUGCGCCAUGCACUACUCAGGGUCUUCUGCAGGAAGAGCUCUGUAAAGCAAACACAUGGCAGAGAACACAGCCUACAACUGAUGUGGUUUCUCUUCUAUCUGAAAUAAGGAUUGGUACUGGAAAAAAUGAUUGCUGGAUGGGCAUACGCACAGCUAAUAUUCCUGCAGUUAUGGCUGCUGCUGCUGCAGCUUCAGGAGCAAACUUAACAUUGACAGAAGCUUUUAACUUGGAGGUGCUCUCCACUGGUAUUGUCAGUGCAACAGUCAAGUGCAACCAUGCUGGGGAAAUUGCUGGAAUGAGAAGGUUGUAUUGCAGCAUUGGUGGUUUUCAAACUGGUGCUUCACCAAUGGGCUUUGGGCUGGGUAUGGGCCUUCAGAGGUUGAAAUCUGUGGUGUCUUCUCAACAGGCACAACCGGAAAGUGAGUCCUUCAAUGAGAUACUUAUUACAAAGUUUGUGCGGUUACUGCAACAAUUUGUUAACUUAGCUGAGAAAGGCGGGGAGGUAGACAAGUCACAAUUUCGAGAAAUAUGUUCCCAGGCAACUGCACUACUUCUGUCAAAUCUGGGUUCUGAUUCAAAACCGAAUCUAGAUGGCUUCUCACAACUCCUUCGACUUCUUUGCUGGUGCCCCGCUUAUAUCUCAACACCUGAUUCAAUGGAGGUUGGAAUAUUUGUUUGGACAUGGUUAGUCUCCGCUGCUCCCCAGUUGGGGUCUCUCGUCCUUGCAGAGCUUGUUGAUGCAUGGUUGUGGACAAUAGAUACAAAACGGGGUUUAUUUGCAUCUGAUGUGAGGUGUUCUGGACCUGCUGCAAAAUUAAGACCCCAGCUUUCACCUGGGGAGCCAGAAAUGUUGCCUGAUAAGGAUCCUGUUGAAGGAAUAAUUGCUCAUAGAUUAUGGCUUGGGUUUUUCAUUGAUCGCUUUGAGGUAAUCCGACAUGACAGUGUUGCACAACUUUUGCUUCUUGGGCGAAUGUUACAAGGCACUAUGAAAUUUCCAUGGCAUUUCUCACGCCAUCCUGCAGCUGCUGGUACCUUUUUCACUAUCAUGCUUCUUGGGCUUAAGUACUGUUCAUGCAAGUCACAGGGUAAUCUGCAGAAUUUUAAAACAGGGUUUCAGUUGCUGGAGGACCGAAUUUAUCGAGCCUCAUUGGGUUGGUUUGCCUACGAACCUGAAUGGUAUGACAUGAACAACAAGAAUUUUUCCCAAAGUGAGGCUCAAUCUGUUUCUAUAUUUGUCAAUUAUCUUGUGAAUGAGCGAGUGGAUGGUCAAUCAGAUUCAUCUUUGAAGAGACGGGGACGUGAAUCUGGAAGUUCUUUGGGUGAUGUGAAGGAUCAAUAUCAUCCCAUAUGGGGCCACAUGGAGAACUAUACUGUUGGAAGAGAAAAACGGAAAGAGUUGUUGUUAAUGCUAUGCCAGCUUGAGGCUGAUAGGCUUGAAGUCUGGGCCCAACCUCUGAAUUCAAAGGAUAACCUAUCUUCUCGGUCUAAGAUUAGCUCAGAUAAAUGGAUAGAAUAUGCUAGAACUGCAUUUUCUGUGGAUCCUCGGAUUGCUUUGUCCUUAGCUUCAAAGUUUCCAACAGUUUCCUCUUUGCAGGCUGAAGUAACCCAACUGGUUCAUGUACGUUCUCUCAUCUGAAUGCUUAGUUCUGAUGAAUUUAUUUAUUUUAUCAGGGAA